AAUCUUCUUAUAAAGAAUUUGCUUCAACAAGUUGCCCGCCUAGCUCAUGACCUUGGUAUUCAAACUACAAAUUCUAAAACCACGACAACCAAACCUCGACUCUUAACUCAAGUGAGUUUUUCCUUCAUUUGAACAUGGUGAGCAAGCCAAAUACAACAGUCCAUGGCGAGGCUGAGUUUCAAGGGACAUCCCCUUCUCUACUUUUUAACUCAAAUUCCAACUCUAGCCCUCUGCUUUUCUUCAUCUUCUUCAUUGUCUUCAGCAACAACCCAGAUCAAGCAUCCAAGGCACUUGGCCUCUAUCUUGCUCAAAAACCCAACAAGUCGAUCAGCCACCCAACAAAUCCACGCUCACAUUCUCACCUCUGGCUUUCUCCUCCAUCACUCCAUUUCCACGGCCCAUCUUCUACUCUUCAACACUUUGCUUCGUUGCUAUUCCUUUGGCCCCUUCCCUCGUGAAGCUUUCACUUUCUAUAAACACCUCCAACAUUUUUCCCUUUCCUUCGACUCCUUCACCUACUCCUUCCUUCUCCACGCCUCUAUUGCCUUAAACUCCACCAACCCAGGUGACCAAAUUCAUGCCCUCACUCACAAACUCGGUUUCCAUUUCCAUGUCUACGUUCAAACUGCCUUGCUUAAUAUGUAUGCUGCAUGUGGCUCUUUGCUCCUUGCUCUCAACGUGUUCUACGAAAUGCCUGAGAGGAAUUCUGUCACUUGGAAUGUCAUGAUAACUAGUUUGGCGAAAUGGGGUGAGCUUAAAUUGGCUCGGUCUCUCUUUGAUCAGAUACCAGCCCCUACUGUUGUGUCCUGUACUGCCAUUAUUGACGCGUACUCACGUAAAAAUCAGCCCCGUGAUGCUGUUGCUUUGUUUCGAAGAAUGGUUGUUGAAGAUCACGUUGAACCUACUGAGGUUACACUUUUGGCCAUAUUUCCAGCCGUUUCGGUUCUUGGAGCUCUUAAAAUUUGUCAAUCACUUCAUGCUUACGGUGAGAAGAGAGGAUUUAAUGCAUCUGACAUACGUGUCACCAAUUCCCUAUUGGAUUCUUAUGCAAAAUGUGGCUGCAUAGAUAGUGCAUCGAGAUUGUUUGAGGAGGUACCUGUUGAGAGGAAGAAUUUGGUGUCAUGGACAUCCAUAAUCUCUGGGUUUGCAAUGCAUGGAAUGGGGAAAGAAGCAGUCGGGUAUUUUAAUAGUAUGGAGAAAUUUGGUCUCAAACCGAAUCGAGUGACAUUCUUGAGUAUUUUCAAUGCUUGUAGUCAUGGAGGAUUAAUUGAUGAGGGGCUGAACUUCUUUGGGAAGAUGGUCCACGAGUAUGAAAUUGCACUGGAUAUCAAGCACUAUGGAUGCUUAAUAGAUAUGCUAGGGAGGGCAGGGAGAUUAGAAGAAGCAGAAAAUAUGGCUUUGGAGAUUCCUUCCAAUAUCGUUAAUGUUGUGAUUUGGAGGACGCUGUUGGGUGCUUGUAGCUUUCAUGGUAAUGUGGAGAUGGGUGAGAGGGUGACAAAGAAGAUACUGGAGAUGGAGAGAGGAUAUGGGGGUGACUACGUGCUUAUGUCCAACAUUUUUGCUGGGGUUGGAAGGUUUAGUGAUGCUGAGAGAAUGAGAAGGUUGCUGGAUGAGAGGAAUGCCUUCAAACUUCCAGGGCAUAGUUUGGUCUAACUGGUGGUGAAGAUGGGCAACUAUGAUGGUUGCCAGAGAUUAUGACUGCCUGAUGAUUUCUAGAUAAUCUUAAGUUUGAGAAAACAAGGCCAAGAUCCUGUGAACAAGCUUCUGAGGUCAGCAAUAGCUAACUCGUUUGAGAAUGCUUCUCUAGGAAGUACUUCUACUUAUAAACGCUUCUACCAAAAGCGCUUUUAUUAUAAAG